GAGCCCGCAGGGCCGGGGCACUGGGGGAGCCCUCAGGUGCCGCCUGGGGCCACAUGCCACCCCCUUGCCCGGAUGUUUGACCCACAGUGGGAAAAGGCCUCUGCCUCCAGGUUGGAUGUGAAUGGACCAGACCUGGGACAGGGCCCCUGGGCGUCCACCAAGCGUGGCCAGUGUCCAAGUGCGGGAGCUGAGUUGGCAGGGCCUGCAUAACCCCUGCCCGCAGAGCAAGGACCCCGGCAGCCAUGGGGAGAGCCAUGGCAAGCGGCUGGUAGAGGAGUACCUGUCUCCUGCCCGGCUGCAGGCCCUGGCCCAGGUGGAUGACCUCCGGCUGGUGAGCAUGCUGGAGAUGUGCGUUGAUACCCGUGAACAUAGCCUGGGGAACUUUGGGGUGCACCUGCCCAACCUCAGCCAAUUGAAGCUGAAUGACAGCCGCCUGGGCUCCGUGAGAGACCUGGGCACCUCUCUGGGACACUUGCAGGUACUAUGGCUGGCUCGCUGUGGCCUGACUGACCUGGAUGGCAUCGGCUCCUUCCUGGCCCUGAAGGAGCUGUACGUCUCCUACAACAACAUCUCGGACCUCAGCCCGCUCUGCCUGCUUGAGCAGCUGGAGGUGCUAGACCUGGAGGGCAACAACUUAGAGGACCUGGGGCAGGUGCGCUACCUGCAGCUGUGCCCAAGGCUGGCCAUGCUCACCCUGGAGGGCAACCUGGUGUGCCUACGGCCAAGCCCCUCCGACGAGGUGCCCCAGGGCUACAACUACAGGGCUGAGGUGAGAAAGCUCAUCCCCCAGCUGCAGGUACUGGACGAGAUGCCAGCCACGCAGACAGGCCUGCCAGCCUCCUGGAAGCUGGACCAGGACUGGCUCAUGGUGAAGGAGGCCAUCAAGGAGGGCAGCAUCCUGGAUGGCCUGUUCCCCAAGCUGGGCACACCAGCUGCUCACCUGGCCUCUGGCAAAGGCUGCCCCAGGAGAGGUCAUCCCCACUGGGAUUCCAUUAGAAGAAUCAGCCCUGAGCUGCCCCUGCCUGAGCCCCAGUCACCGGCCCCCAGGCCUUGGCCCCUCUCCCUGCUGGUCCCCAGGGGACCGCUGCUGGAAGGUCUGCUUCCCAAGGACCCAGCGCCAGAGGACGAUGCCAGCAACCUCACCCACGGCUCUGGCCAAGUCCUCUGCGGAAACCCCACCAAAGGCCUCCGGGAGCGUCAGCACAGGUGCCAGGCCUGGGUGCCCCCAGAGCAGCUGCCCCCACACAGGCCUGAAGACCUGGCCGCCAGGGCCUCCACCCCAGGGCCUGACCCUGCAGACAGCCGUGACCUCUUGGCGUUAGCCGGAUUUGGGGCAUGGAGGGAGCUGCAUCUGCGCCCCCUCCCCCAUAGGCACCUGGAUUCCAGGCAGAAAGGGGCAGCGACAUCCUGGGGUCCACAGAGGGGCCCUGAAGAGCAAGAGGACAAGGCUGGGCCCAUGGCCUUGCCCAGCUCCCCAAGCCCGACCCCAGGGCCUUCCAGGACCUUUGGCUAUAACCUGCUCCCCUCUCCCCCCAAGGUCCCCAUGCCACCUGAUUCCAGCAGCAGCUCCUGGAGGUCCAAAGACCUGCAGUUCCGGGGGCGUCAGCUCAGAGCCCUGGGCCACCCGGGGCCUGGCUUGGGUCAGGGGCUGGCUGCAGUGGCUGCUCUGAGAUCAGCCCUGGAGGUGGCCUCAGGCCCGAGCCCUCGAGCCCAAGGAUGUCCAGGCCCAAAGCCAGCACCAGACCCAGCAGCCAGCCCACCAGCCCUGUGGUGCCUGCCACACCUGAACCCUAUCACCCCAGCCCAAUCCCACCCCUAGUGUAAACCCCCACCCACUGCCAACUGGCUGGGACUAAGGCCGAGGGGCCCCAGCUUGGUUGUGGAGCCUCGUGGAACCCGGAGCAUCUGGGGGGAGUGGUUGGGGGUAGGAGGUGGGCCUGGCACAGGAGAGGCCCUUCUUGCUGAGAGAAAUAGGGCC